GAAACAGAGGAGAGGGAAGAUGGCAGGGUAGAAUAAAGAGCGAGAGAAAGAGAGGCUUCAACAAAUUUUCAGCAUCUGGUUGUAGGAAGAUUGUUCCUUUCUGAAUUCAUCUGUAGAUUUCAACCUCAAAAAUUUUAAGUCUGAACCUGCUUGCAGAUUGCAAAUGAGACCAAAUGGAAUCAGAUUUCUGAAAUUCAGUUAAAAUGAAGAAGUUAUGGGACUAAUGCUUAGUUGUUGUCAUUGUCGUUGUCACUGUUGUUAUUGCAGUAGAAUGCAUUUUAAUUCGUACAACUCGUGUAUACCUGUUUUUCCCAAUUGCAAAUGAGACUGCAUGGAAUCAGAUUCCAGAAACUCAGUUAAAAUGAGGAAGUUAUGUUUCCUCAAAUUCCAGAAAGCAUGAACUUUUCUCAUGGUGAUAUAAAUCCAGAAUAACAAAACCAUCAUAUAUUUUUUUCUUUAUGGAAUUUGGGAGACAAGAAUGUUUGCUAUAGGUUCAAUCAGAGGCAGCAUCAUUGUUGGACUUAAAACCACUAUCAGAAGGGAAUCUUUAGUUUGGUACAGUUUUCUAGUUCAGAAGGAGCCCAAUGGCUCAUCAUUUCUCCAAGUAACUUCUGUUACUCCAUCUCUUGACUACAUUCCCUUUGUGCACCUGAGAAGUUACGGAACUGCAUUACCUUUUCAAGAGACACCAAAUGUAUCCUCUCCUUAUUUUUUACGGACACAAAGGUUUAAUGCAUUUGCUGGUCAUAGUUUUCUCGCAAAUCAGAUACAUGGAAGAUUCAUGAGCAGUGCAUCGAUUGAGCUGAAGACAGACAGUACUGUUGUCAGGUUUUCCAUUAGUAAGCAGCAUGAUAAAAAUGGUUCUUCAGAAAAGGGGAAGAAGACCACCAAACGGGUUAAAAUGUCAAGAAAGGCCAAACUGAAUGAACUCAGGUUCUACCGUCUCAAGGCCAAAAAGAAGAUGAAUUCCCCAAAUCCAGAAGUUCGGAUUAGAUAUAAACUUGAAAAGGCCAAGAGAAAGGAGGCAUGGUUGAUUGAGAAGUUGAGGAAAUUUGAGGUUCCCAAAAUGCCAGCUGAAACAUAUGAUCCUGAAAUAUUAACCGAAGAAGAGAAGCAUUAUCUCAAGCGUACAGGAGAGAAGAAGAAAAACUUUAUUCUAGUUGGAAGACGAGGAGUAUUCGGAGGUGUUGUUCUCAAUAUGCAUCUUCAUUGGAAGAAGCAUGAAACUGUGAAGGUUAUCUGUAAACCUUGCAAGCCAGGGCAAAUUCAUGAAUAUGCUGAAGAGCUCACUCGACUAAGCAAAGGCAUUGUGAUUGACAUAAAACCUAACAAUACUAUUAUAUUCUAUAGAGGAAAGAACUAUGUUCAACCAGAAGUUAUGUCCCCCCAAGAUACCCUCUCUAAACAGAAGGCCCUGGAAAAGUAUAGGUAUGAGCAAUCCCUAGAGCAUACAAGUCAUUUCAUUGAAAAAUUGGAGAACGAACUUCAAGAGUAUCAUGAUCAUGUUGCUCGUUACAAAAAAGAGAAAGAAGCACACGACUCGUCUCCAUUGUCGACGAAGAAUGGCAAUCUUUCCAACUCCAGAAUAAAAAGUUAAUUACAGUUGUAAAUUUGUGAACCAAGUAAACUCAAAUAAUGUCUAGGGCUUUUCUUUAUACAAUUCUUCCUUUUGCUGAUUGCCUUUUUUUUUUGUCAGGAUAUGUUUUGUGAGCUCAUAGUUUUGUAUAGGUCAAUGAAAUGAAGUUUUGCUGGGAGA